CAAGUCUAUUGGCUAAACCCUUUAAGCGCAGUCUGGGAAUGCGGGAACUGUUUACUAUCGCUCAAUGAAGAUCGCAGGAAUCUUGAAGAAAGAAACAGCGUUAAUAAUCGAGCAUCUCCGCUUGCUUUAGUGUUUAUUUAGUGUAUUUGAAGGGUGAAGUCAUGGCAUUGUAGUGCUGGCGGUGUGUGUGCAGAAGAUUGAAAGCUCUUAAGAACAGUUUGCUGUCAGGAAGUUUCACGAUGGCUGAAAACAACUUUCCACCUCUGCCGGGCUUCAUUCCUCUCAAGCCGUGUUUCCACCAGGACUUUGAGGAGAUUCCUGACCAGCACCGCACAUUGUGCAAGAGAUUCUACUACCUGUGGAUCUUGUACGGCGUGACCCUGCUGGUGAAUUUCUUCGGCUGUAUGGCGUGGAUGUUUGGUGGCGGUGGAGUCACAAACUUUGGCAUGUCGAUGAUUUGGGUGAUUCUCUUCACACCCUGCUCUUAUGUGUGCUGGUUCCGGCCCAUUUACAAUGCCUUCAAGACUGACAGCUCGUUCUACUUCAUGGCGUUCUUCUUUGUCUUCAUGGCACAACUUUUCAUCGCUAUCAUUCAGGCCAUCGGUAUUCCAGGAUGGGGUGUUUGUGGCUGGUUGGGCACCAUCUCCUUCUUCGGCACCAGUAUCUUUGCUUCCAUCAUCAUGUUGAUCCCUACACUCAUGUUCACCGCCGUCUCCGUCAUCUCCUUCCUUGCACUAACGAAGGUUCAUAACUUCUACCGUGGCAGUGGAGCCAGCAUGAGUAAAGCGCAGGAGGAGUGGGUGUCUGGAGCCUGGAAAAACCCUCAUGUUCAGCAGGCAGCGCAGCAGGCGGCUCUGAGUGCAGCAACUGGAGCCAUGCAGAACCCACAGUCCCCGCAGUACUCCACCCCAACAUAUGACAACACCAUGUAGACCUCCACCAACACAACACCAUGUAGACCUCCACCAACACAACACCAUGUAGACCUCCACCAACACAACACCAUAUAGACCUCCACCAACACAACACCAUGUAGACCUCCAUCAACACAACACCAUGUAGACCUCCACCAACACAACACCAUGUAGACCUACACCAACACAACACCAUGUAGACCUCCACCAACACAACACCAUGUAGACCUCCACCAACACAACACCAUGUAGACCUCCA